AUUUGUUUUUCUGCCAUGAUUUUUCAUGCAGAUGAGAAUGAGUGCAAAGUAGAUAACGGAAACUGUGACCAUUAUUGUCACAAUUACAUCGGUGGCCAUUAUUGUUCCUGUCGAUCGGGUUACAAGCUUCAACCGGAUAAGAAGUCUUGUCAUAUUAUAUGCAAUGACCAGCAGUUUACUGCCAGAAGAGGCGAAAUAGCAAGUCCAGAGUACCCCAAAAAAUAUCCGAAAAACUCCAGAUGUGAUUGGACCAUUGCAGUGGAUAAGGGAUACCAGAUAACGUUGACUUUUACUCAGUUUGAUGUAGAGGACCAUCCCGAUGUGACAUGCCCCUACGAUUACAUGAAAGUGUCAGCGGGCAAAGACAAGAAGUAUGGUCCUUUGUGCGGCAAGACUCUUCCACAGAAUAUCACUUCAUCUGCCAACUACAUGCACCUUGAGUUCGUGUCUGAUGACUCUGGAAACUACAAAGGAUUCAGAGCCUUCUAUGAUACACACGGUUUAAGAUGUCCAACUUUAGCCGCUCCAGAACAUGGAAACAUGACGGGAGACAGCUUUACGUUCAAGGACGUCGUAGAGUUUGGCUGCGAGGAAGGCUACCUUCUGACUGGCUCUUCAGUGAGAGAAUGUCUUAACACUGGAGACUGGGACGGAGUCGUCCCUGAAUGCAAACCGGUAAAUUGUGGAAACCCGGGAAUCCCACUUCAUGGCAAAAUCACGGAGAGUGGAUUCACCUACAAGAAAGUCGUCAGCUAUUCCUGCAACAAGUAUUUUGAGCUUCAUGGUCCAAAAACGCGACAGUGUCUGGCAGAUGGAAAGUGGUCUGGCGAACAACCUAAGUGUGUUGCUACCUGUGGAGAAGUGAAUAACUUCAAUUUCAGCCGUGAUGUUUGUAGGAAGAGAAUUGUUGGUGGACAAAACGCCUUUAAAGGAGCGUACCCAUGGCACGUGUUACUCAUGAGGGCUGGUGAAGUCGCGUGUGGUGGAAGUCUAUUGAAUGAGCAGUGGGUUUUAACAGCUGCACAUUGUGUUACAACCAAGCAAAAUGGUAUCGUUCGCGAAGAUUUACUGGAGAUAUACGCCGGUCUCCACCAGAUCAGAAGAUUAAACGCCAGCCAUGUGCAGAAACGAAAGGUUGUCAAGAUCAUCAAUCACAAGAACUUUGAUUUUUUGCUGUUUGAGUCUGAUCUGGCUCUUUUGCAACUCGAUCGUGAAGUCAGAAUAUCACACUACGUAAAACCUGUUUGUCUACCGGAAGGACCAAGGCAGAAGAGGAUGUUUGCACCAGGAAAAUUCGGUCGCGCCGUGGGAUGGGGUUACAAGGUAAGCAAUAAUUCCUUUGGACAGUUUGCAAACACCUUGAAAGAGAUCUGCAUCCCGACUAUUGCCAAUCACGUGUGUCAAGCCGCCUACAAUGACGAAAAGUACACAGUGACACCACUCAUGCUGUGUGCAGGGGAGACUCUUGGUGGAAAAGAUUCCUGUCAUGGGGACUCUGGGGGUGGCUUUGUCUUCUUUGACACAACCACCAGGAAGUGGGUGUUGGGUGGAGUGGUGAGCUGGGGCAGCAGCAUGGGAUGUGGAUUACGUAACAAGUAUGGUGUCUACGUCCGUGUGUCCGAGUUCGUUCCUUGGAUUAAAGAGAAAAUGUUUUAAGACCGUCUCUCGUUUUAUGAACAUCCUACUAAGCCACAAUUACUCCAAACGUGUUUUUAAAAAAAGAAAGAUAACCCCUUUAGACUGAUAGUAUUAGCUUUUAUGGACAUGUCCUCUUUAUAUCAUGUCUGACACUGUUGAAAUAUUAAUCAUUGCUUUUGUGUUUGAAGCGUAUGUGGUGCAACUGCAUGUCAUGAAUUAUAUGUCCAAGACGUAAGCGAGUAGUUGUAAAACCGCUAUAAUCUUCACAGAUGCGCUAAUUCAAGCUACAUAAUUGCAAAGGCAAUCAAUAAAAUUCAACUUCGCAGAUAUUUUGUUUAUAUAGAGUUGUAGAGUAUAGUGAAUGCUACAUGAUGUAUAAGAUGACUUAAUUAACUAGUUUAAAAUAACCCAGAGCUUUUAAUCUUGUAUUUAGUUGUAGCAAUUGUUUGUUUGUGUAGUCUAUAUAUUAUAUAAAUAUACUUUUUGUUCAAUCUCGUUGAUUUGAAUGUCCGCUCUGUCUGCUAAAUGGUAAGGGAUUUCUUUUCCCUUGGGGCCUAUAUUAGCUGAGUUUUUUGGCCAGCCUCAAAAAUUAUCCAUAUAUUAGUCAAGGGUCGUUUUAGAAGAGUUUCGGCUUUCGUAAUUGUUAAGACUGCUUUGUACUGUCAAAGCUGUACAAUGAGUUUCAAGAAAAUUCCACGUUAUAUUGGAGAAAAGCAGCGUUUUAUAACUCAGGUUCAACAACAAAGACGUUUUUAUACAAGUAUUGUACGGGUAACAAACGCGUUUCAGUGUGUAUCGGGCCGUAAUGAUUUAUAUCUUUCUGGGAAAGACUUAGUAGCUUUAUAAAGCGUGUGCAAAAACAAAUUAGUUUCAGCAGUGUUGUUGUUGUUUUUUGCUGUUGUUUUGUAUUUUAAUAAAUUCCUUGUAGCACUGUG